ACUAACUUAAAAUAAGUACAUGGAUUUUGUUAACGGUCCAAGAAGAAAACUGUGUAAAAAUGGCGACAGCCACGUUGUUUCAUCAUCUUCAGCUGAAUCAGUACAUCUCUAUACUCCCAAAAAACAACACUCCAAUCUUGAUCAAGAUUUCAUUUUUUCUCAUUGCUCCAUGACUUUACACUUUUCUGCUCAAAAUAAUGAACACCCUUUUCAUCAAGAUUACAUUUUUCCAUCUUCUUUGCUUCAUCUUCCUUAAAUCUGCAUCUGGAUUUGGUUCUAUGGGACCCAUUUCAGCUGCUUUUGGUAAAAAUGGUUUCUUUUGUGCUAUUGAUGCGAGUGGCAAACAAGAUGUUAUUUGUUGGGGUAAUAAAACUAAUAAUCCUUCACUUCCUGAUGUACUAAACUACCCCACUGAUGUUCCCUCCAUGGCUGCUUUAUCUGGUGGUGAUGGUUUUCUUUGUGGCAUUUUAUCAAACACUUCGCAGGCAUUUUGUUUUGACUCAAUGGGAUCAAGGUCUGAUCUUGUUCCUAAUGUUUAUAAACCUAAUGCUUAUUCUCAUAUUGCUGCUGGUAGGAAUCAUGUGUGUGCUAUUAGGGGAUCUUAUUAUUCUGAGAGUGAUUGGGGUAGUAUUGAUUGUUGGGAUAUUAUUCGAAAAUCCAAUGGUACUUUUGAAUCGAGGGAGAGUUCGUUGUUUUAUAAUCAGUAUACUAGUUCAUAUGUUUUUAAGAAGAUAGUUUCUGGAGAUGGGUUUAGUUGUGGGGGUGUUAAGGAUGGAGGGGUUCUUUGUUGGGGUCCAAAUUCUAGUGGCAUUGGUAUAUCGGGUUUAUCGGAGAAUAUUCAUGCUUUAACUGCAGGGAUUGACUCUGUUUGUGGGGUUUUAGAAGAGUCAAGUGAAGUCAAAUGUUGGGGGUCUAAUGUCUCAUUUGGUAUCCCUCCGGUUGGGGUACCAUUCGUGUCAUUGGCAGCUGGUGUAGAGCAUUUUUGUGGGAUUAGACAAGAUAAUCAUGGGAUUAUGUGUUGGGGAAACUAUAAUUCAUCUCUGAUUCCUAAAGGAUCAGGCUUUCUUGCUAUUGCUUCAUCUGAUUUUAUAACUUGUGGUAUUAGGGAAGGCGAUUUGGUUCUUGAUUGCUGGUAUACGAAUAUUUCCUCACAAGUAGACUAUGAUCCACCACUGCAGCUGUGUAGUCCAGGAUUGUGUACUCCUGGUUCUUGCGGGGAAGGGAAAUUUUCGUUCAAUGCGAGCCUUAUAAAUGAGGCAGAUUUGAUAAAUUUGUGUGUUAGGAAAGAUCUUAAGAUUUGUUCACCUUGUGGGGUGAACUGUUCUGAAGGAUUCUUCCCCUCUAGUUCUUGUACUGAAAAUGCUGACAGGGUUUGUACUACUUGCUCUCUCUGCCAGAAUACCUCUUGUUCUGAUGUUUGUAAGCUCCAAAUAUCGGCAGAGUUGAAGCAACAGCAUCAGCAUCAAAUGCGUCAACUGAUCAUCAUAGUCGGGUCUUCUGCUUUUGGUUUCUUGUUCUGCUUAGCUGGAUUAUGUUUGUUAAUCCGCAUGAUAUCCAGCAAAAGUAAAGAAGGAGGAAAGAACCAAUUCGCCUCUUGUAUUCGCAAGCCUGAGAAGGAAACUGAUGCUAAUACUGACCUUCAUCCUCCUGUGUCCGUGGCUCCGUGUCCAGGGGAAGCUCAGGUUUUCCGGCUUUCAGAGCUGAAAGACGCCACUAAUGGGUUCAAGGAGUUCAACGAGCUUGGCAGGGGAAGUUACGGAUUUGUUUAUAAAGCUGUUCUGCCGGAUGGGAGGCAAGUAGCAGUAAAGAGGGCCAAUGCUGCUACGAUAAUACACACCAACAGCCGGGAGUUUGAAAUGGAGCUAGAGAUCCUCUGCAGUGUUCGUCACAGCAAUAUAGUUAAUUUAUUAGGUUAUUGUGCAGAAAUGGGGGAAAGGAUUCUUGUUUACGAACUCAUGCCUCAUGGAACACUUAAUGACCACCUCCAUGGGGGUCUUUCUCCGGUGAGCUGGAAUCUUAGGCUGAAGAUCGCAAUGCAGGCUGCAAAGGGGAUCGAGUACCUUCACAAGGAGGUUUCUCCUCCUAUCGUGCACCGUGAUGUGAAGAGUUCAAACAUUCUCUUGGAUGCUGAUUGGGGAGCUCGGAUUGCAGAUUUUGGACUGCUUACGCCUAACGAGAAGGAUCUUAAUGGAGACGUGCAUAUGGAUGUCUAUAGCUUUGGGAUCGUGCUGCUUGAGAUUCUUAGUGGAAGAAAAGCUUAUGACAGGGAUUGCACACCUCCGAGUAUCGUUGACUGGGCACUGCCUCUGAUCAGACAAGGGAAAGCAGCUGUUAUCAUAGAUCGUUACGUUGCUCUUCCAAGAAAUGUCGAACCUCUGCUUAAACUUGCUGAAAUUGCAGAGCAGGCGUUGCGGGAAAAUCCUGCUGAGCGCCUUGAUAUGUCACAGUUGGCACUUCUGUUAGAGCAGCUAGUGAAGGAUGUAAUGAUAUCAUAGCCUUUAUGUCGGAGUUUUAUAUUAAGUUUUUGGUGGAUUGAAAUUUUUCAGAAAACAAAAUCAGAGGAUAGCAUAUUGGUGAGUAACGACGCUCUUCUGCAAUUGUACAUUUCUAUGAGCUGCUUGUAAAUUUUGUGCUUAUAUUUUUUAUUUGCCACAUUCUUGGACAAAUGUCAACAAUAAAUUUUCAACUUUUUCUUAAAGCAAUGAAACAUGUGAUGCUGCACCAAA